CGCCAGUCCAUUCAUAAACAAAUCACUCCAGCCCUGGACCUCUGAACUGCUACCUAAGAACAACAAACAGAACUCAACCUGUAUUUUGAAGUUUUCUCCCCGUCUUUUCUCUUUCUUUCUUCACUCCUUUUUUUUUAAAACUUCCCUCUAUUGCUUUUUACUCAACUCCCACACAAUUCCCUCCUCUCCUCCCUCUCCAACUCAAUCUUACUCUAGCUUCACCAGGGCCGGACCACUGGCUCCCUCCUCUGUGUGAAUCUGAAUGUGAGUCAGGGAAGCCGUGUGUAGUGUGUGUCUCCAUUGGGAACACUUCUUUUUAAACUUACAGCACUCUUUGGGAACGGUGGGCAGACUUGUCCAGAGUGUGAGAGAGGAGAGGAGAACCCCAUGGUGCUGUGAUUUGACUAAACAAACAGCUUGGCUCAGAGCGGUACCUCCUCCAGCGCACUCCCGGGACAGCAGAGAUUAACCUCAGACUCUGAACAUCUGAGGGAUCUAUACAUCUGAGGCAGCAGCCCCCGGAGAGACAACCAGCUGGACGUCUCUCCUCUGAUUUCAGAAGGAGGAGACCGACUGCUGGCCGGCAACCUCCUCGGACAGAAAGGGAAGACUUGUCGAUGCUUCUAGGAUCACUCUGAAGCAGAACAAAGGGCAUUGAAGGCUUCCACCAUGAGGAGGGUGACGGCAUCCACGCUCCAUCUGACAGUCACGGUUACAGCUCUUCUGUAUUUCUGCACCGAGCUCUGCUGUCUGGAGAUCACACCCGAUGACAAAGAGCUGGUCCUGGCUGAGGGCUCCUCGCUCAUCCUCACCUGCUCCGGCUCAGGGAACACGACGUGGGAGUUCAAGAGGGACGAUGUGCCGUACUUCCAAGUGGAAGUUCAAAAUGGUGGUCUAAGCUACCAAAUUGUGCAAAGUAGCGUCACAUCCAGUGUUUUGACCUUGUGGAACGUGAGCUGGAAGCACACGGGGGUGUAUCAGUGCGUUGAUCAACACACCGGAGAAACUAAGGAGGUGGCUGUUUUUGUCCCAGACCCUGAUGUGUGGUUCAUAGAGAGCUCCCACGGCAUGGUAACAAAGACCAGCGAGGAGACCACCGUCCCCUGUGUGGUCACCAACCCGAACAUCAAAGUCACCCUGUAUGAGAAGGACACUGAUCUGCCCAUCAGGGGACUUUAUGUUCCAAGUGAGGGGUACAAGGCACGGCUGGAGGACAGGACCUAUGUGUGCCGGGGAGAGCUGAACGAGGAGGUGAAAGAGUCUCAGGCCUUCUACGUCUUCAGCAUUGUCGUCCCAGAGGCCAUCGACGCCUACAUCAAUGCGUCAAAGACCGUCCUGAAGCAGGGCGAACCGCUGACAGUAAACUGCACAGUGCACGGAGUGGAGCUCGUGUAUUUUUCCUGGGAUAUCCCCAACAGAGAGGUUGGAGCGGUUAAGCCGCUGACAGACGUCCUGUCCGCCACGAGCAUGCGAUCCUGCCUGAUCUUCCCUCGUGCCACGGUGGCCCACAGCGGAAACUACGUCUGCCAUGUCCACGAGCAUGUCCAAGACCAGACUGCCUCGGCAAGCGUCAACAUCACCGUGCUCGAGCAAGGCUUCGUGGAUGUGAAGGCUGCUCAGCAACAAAAUAUUUCAGCCAAGCUGCAAGAGAACGUGGAGCUGAGAGUGGAGAUUGAAGCCUACCCCCCCCCUCAGGUCCGCUGGAGCAAAGAUGGCGCCACCCUCAAAAGAGACAAAACCAUCACAACCAGACAAGAGCAUGAGAUCAGGUAUGUCACUACUCUCACCUUGGUGAGGGUAAGGACGGAGCAGAAGGGUCUCUACACCGUCCUUGUCACUAACGGAGAUGACACAAGGGAAGUAACCUUUGACCUGGAGGUCCAAGUUCCUUCUCAGAUUAAAGAACUGACUGACCACCACCUCCCUGGGAAGAGACACUUGGUGACCUGUGUAGCUGAGGGGGUCCCAACCCCAACCAUCCAGUGGUACAGCUGUGACAGCAUGCACAAGUGUAGCAACCAGACAGCGGCGUGGCAGCCGCUGAUACCAGAGCCGGAGGUGCUGACCAUCCGCAACAAUGUCAGCUACAUAGAGACUCGUAAAACCAGCCAGGUGCUGAGCCAGGUGACCUUCUACAAGCCCCAGCAGGUCACAGUGCGAUGUGAGACCAGCAACCAAGCAGGACUCCUCGACAGAAGAGACGUCAAACUGGUGUCCAGCACACUGUACUCCCAGGUGGCAGUAUUGGCUGCCGUUUUAGCCUUAGUGGUCAUCAUUAUCAUAUCUAUCAUCAUCCUCAUUGCUGUAUGGAGGAAGAAACCUCGAUAUGAGAUCAGAUGGAAGGUGAUAGAGUCUGUGAGCCAGGAUGGUCAUGAGUACAUCUAUGUGGACCCCAUCCACCUGCCCUAUGACCUGGCCUGGGAAAUGCAGCGAGACAACCUGGUGCUGGGUCGCACUCUUGGAUCAGGAGCCUUUGGCAGGGUGGUCGAGGCAACUGCCUAUGGUCUCACUCAUUCCCAGUCCAGCACAAAAGUGGCCGUGAAAAUGCUGAAAUCUACAGCCAGGAGAAGUGAGACUCAGGCUCUGAUGUCAGAGUUGAAGAUCAUGAGUCACCUGGGCCCUCACCUCAACAUCGUAAACUUGCUUGGAGCUUGCACCAAAAAUGGCCCUCUGUACCUGGUGACAGAGUACUGUCGCUAUGGCGACCUGGUGGACUACCUGCACAGGAACAAGCACACCCUCCUGCAGUACUACGCUGAGAAGAACCAAGACGACGGCUGCCUCAUCUCUGGAGGAAGCACUCCGCUCAGCCAGAGAAAAGGCUAUGUGUCCUUCGGAAGUGAGAGUGAUGGAGGAUACAUGGACAUGAGUAAAGAUGAGCCCACCAUCUACGUGCCCAUGCAGGAGCAGAUGGACAGCAUCAAGUAUGCAGACAUCCAACCAUCUCCAUAUGAGUCUCCCUACCAGCAGGACAUCUAUCAGGAACAAGGUGGCGGCGGAUUGGACCUGACCAUCAGUGACUCUUCCGUUCUCACCUAUGACGAUCUGUUGGGCUUCAGCUACCAAGUGGCUAAGGGGAUGGAGUUCCUUGCCUCAAAGAAUUGCGUCCAUCGGGACCUCGCUGCCAGGAAUGUGUUGAUCUGUGAGGGGAAACUGGUGAAGAUCUGUGACUUUGGCCUGGCCAGAGACAUCAUGCAUGAUUCCAACUACAUCUCUAAAGGCAGCACUUUUCUGCCCCUGAAGUGGAUGGCACCAGAAAGUAUUUUCCAUAAUUUGUACACCACCCUGAGUGACGUGUGGUCAUACGGCAUUCUUCUUUGGGAGAUCUUUACAUUGGGAGGAACCCCCUAUCCUGAUUUGCCCAUGAAUGAGUUGUUCUACAGUGCUUUGAAGAGAGGCUACCGAAUGGCCAAACCUGCCCACGCCUCUGAUGAAGUUUAUGACAUCAUGAAGAAGUGCUGGGACGAGAAGUUUGAGAAAAGGCCUGAUUUCUCAUUUCUGGUCCACAGUGUGGGGAAUAUGUUGACAGACAGCUAUAAAAAGCAAUACAGCCAAGUCAAUGACAACUUCCUGAAGAGUGACCACCCGGCAGUCGCCCGCACCAAACCCAGACUCUCCUCACCCUUUCCGAUCGCCAACCCAGCAUUCGGCUCCCCAUCCCCCCUCUACAUGCCCCCGGACCCAUACAGCCAGAGCCCGAGCCCCGCAGAGUUCAGACAAGAGGCAGACACACAGGAAGUCAUGACUUCAUACAAUGAAUACAUCAUUCCCAUCCCAGACCCCAAGCCGGAGGAUGUUUUCACUGACGUGCCAUCAGAAAGCCCUGCAAGCUCUCUGGCUCUGGAGGAGGAGACCGACUCCAUGUCGCAGGACACUGCUGACACUCUCCCAGAAGAGGACAGGCUAGAGGAGACCAGCGAGAGAGACGCUCUGCUGGGCAUCACCGGGACGCCCGAGGUAGAAGACAGCUUCUUGUAGCCAUAUGUAGGAAUCCUGAGAAAAUAUCACUAUACUGGGAAUUAUAUUUUUAAACCUGUCUGAAAAAGGGAACGUGAUUAAACUAGAAUGUAGCAGAAUUGAGACUGAGAGGGCAAUCUCUGUAUUUCCACUAAGCACUCGAAAUGUUUGGCCCUUCUUUUGAGUUUUUUUGAGUUAUCAAACUUAGUACCUCUGAAACUAAAAUGGUUACAAAUGAUGUGUAUGAUGUUAUCAUCGAGUCAUCUCUUGGAAGCUGGCCAUAAUAUAAAUACGGUACUCUCCUCAAACUCUUAGAUAAUCAGUUUACAUUAAAUAAAGAUGUGUUUACUGUAUUUUCUAUUGUAGCCAGAGACUUAUGAGAUAGGUGCAUUUUUUUAGUUAGACAUAUUUAGCCAUAUGUCUUUUUGGCUCUUAUUAUUUUAUCCCCCUCCCCCGUUACUGUUCGCAUCCAGAUAUGUAGAUGUUUUGCUUUUUAAAACUAUUUUAUUAGUUUUAAUAACAGAAAGUGAUGAACAUAACAAUAUAAACAAACCAUACACAAAUAUACACAAAAUACUGUCCAAACUAGAACAAUAUGUAAUUCCCAUAUUAGUGGAAAUUAUUAGCAUUAAGUCCUAAACCGAUCAGCCAUGGAAAGUGUGUAAUUAAAUGUAGGUUGCAUCUUUUCCUAAAGUACAACUGUAUUAUAAUAUUUUAAUGUUAACUCCAGGUCAGACCGAUUCUACAUGCACUGUUUUACUAUGACACAACACUUUCUUUUUACUCACAUAUACCAUAGUGUCAGACGUUUCCUUUUUUGUUGUUGUGAAAAUUAUAUGAAAUGUAUGUCAUUUGUGAAUUUUGAAUACUUGUUUUGUAUAGGUUUAAUUCAUAGUUCUGUGCCAGAUUUGCACUUUAUUUAGAAAAAUGUGGAUAUUCAUAAUGAAUAUAUAAAUAUACUCUAAAAUAAAGAUUGAAGUUGAAUAAUCUUUUGACUUAAACAUGUGGCUGUUACAGUAAAUGAGUUUCUGGAAUGACAGGUGACUCUCUUAAGUGAAAAUACUAAAUACAGCGUAUCACUGCCUAAGCACACAUGAGUGCCUUUGUGUAGACUGACAGAUUUUUGUGUUGCAGCUAUUGUUGCUUGCUGAUAUGAAGGGCUAAUGUACUCAAGAAACUUAGAUAUAGCCUUAUGUGUACAUGUACAAAUAAUGCUUUUAGUAUUCUGCUGCAUUGUAUCGCGUUCACUCACACAAUGUUUCAACCGUCAGUACUAUAGUAUUUACAAGUAGUCCACCAUUUAAAACAACACAUUUUCUGUACUAAUUUAAAAUGCACAAGAUCACUGUAUCACAAGCUAUGGUACCAAAGCUCUUCUUAACGUUUACAAAUGUAUUUUUUAUAUGUGACAUUUUAUAUGUUGUAAAUGUGACAAUAAAUGUGUAUCAUUGUAGUAGCA